CAAAAAAAUAAUUUCCAUCCCCAAACGAGGAGAAUGGCUCAGACAAUGCUGCUUACCGCAAACAAUGUAUCAGUCCAUGUGAAGGGAGAGUCUUUGCUUCAGAGGAUCAAACCAAAGCCCUUUUCCCAUUUGUUGCUCCCACCUCCUUCCAGGGGUACCCUCACUUCUUCGACUCCAUUUAUUGUUGCCCUGUUCAAGUCCAAAGCCAAGGCUGCCCCCAAGAAGGGUGCUGCUGUAGUGGGGAAGGAGAAAACAAAGGUGGAAGAUGGCAUCUUUGGGACAUCUGGAGGGAUUGGUUUCACCAAGGAGAAUGAACUGUUUGUUGGUCGUGUUGCCAUGAUUGGUUUUGCUGCAUCCUUACUUGGAGAAGCUGUAACAGGAAAGGGAAUUCUUGCACAGCUCAACCUAGAAACCGGAAUCCCAAUUUACGAAGCCGAGCCACUCCUCCUGUUCUUCAUCCUUUUCAACUUACUUGGAGCCAUUGGAGCUUUAGGAGACCGCGGCAGGUUUGUUGAUGAACCAGCUGCACCUGUUAUAGCACCAGGAAAGGGGUUCAGGUCGGCUCUUGGCCUCGGCGAAAGAGGUCCAUUGUUCGGAUUCACUAAAGCAAAUGAGCUGUUUGUGGGAAGACUGGCUCAGCUGGGGAUUGCAUUCUCCAUCAUCGGAGAAAUCAUAACUGGCAAAGGUGCAUUGGCACAGUUGAAUAUUGAAACAGGGGUUCCGAUCAAUGAGCUCGAACCCCUUUUGUUGUUCAACAUAGUCUUCUUCUUUGUGGCUGCCAUUAAUCCUGGAACAGGAAAGUUUCUCACUGAUGAGGAAGAAGAUUGAAGAACUAGCCUUGUUCUCAGAAAUAAAACCUGAAUUUUGUCUGUUAGUGUGCAUUGUAUCAUGAAUGUAAGUCUGUAUGUAUGCAUAAUAUUUGUGCUAGCUAGCUAGGCAUGCUUAUUACUUAAGUCAAAUUUCAACCUGCUGAAAAUUUAAUUCGUGCAAGAGCUUGUGGCCGGGCUGGAAAUUACUGGAACAUUUUCUGGAAUGAUGAAUUGCAACUGGGUGUUCUUGUUGCCGACAA